UCGUGUCAAAUCACGGGCCUUGAAGUGAUCAAUUCCCUUGAAGAGCGAAGCCUGGUCCUCACUGCAUCUCGCGAUGGCUGCAUCCGCGUUUGGCAGGACUACGACGGUAAACGUGGUAUGCGCCCCACUCUCCUGACCGCGUGGGUGGGUUUUGAAAGCCUGCUGCCUCUAACGACGAAAUCCAGCGGUUCGAGUGGCCUGGUCACGAACUGGUCCGACUGUUCCAGCCACAACCUCCUCCUGGUGUCGGGCGACGUGCGGGUUGUUCGUCUCUUCGAUCUGGAUCAGGAGGCGUGCAUCCGCGACCUCUCCACCAACGCCGACGUUCCUGUGACUCGGUUGGCGCGGGCUGACGACAACCUGCUAGCAGCCGGCUUCGCGGACGGCACUGUGAAAAUCUUCGAUGCUCGCCUGCCCAACAGUCCCAUGUCGGUGGUAUUCAAGGACACAGGGCUCAUGGAAGCCGGAGACGGUGGGCGCAUACUGGACUUGUCCUUCGCUCCCUACCAGGCCAAUCGUCGGCUCUACGCGGUGAGCAGUUCCGGUCAUGUCGGAGCUUGGCACCUCGCUCACGCAGCGUCUGCGUCGCCAUCCAACGUCUGGCAGCCAAUCGUGACGUUGCCUAAUGACAGCGAUGCCGACAAACCACGCUUUCACAUGAAAUCCGCCAUUCUCCAGGUCUCCCUCCCCUGUACACGCUCCCACCUGGUGGCGUAUGGGAUGCCGCGCAAGUUGUACGUCUCCCGCCUCUUCGACGGUAAGAUCAUUGCAGCCUACCAGCCCGUAGACGACAUCCUUCCAACGUGCGCUGCUUUCCAUCCCUACGAGGUAAGCCGUCGAUUCCUCGCGCUGAUUCCACGCCAGUAA